CCAGGCCCUGACUGAUUAACUACCCAGGGAUAGCUUCCAGGCCCUGACUGAUUAACUACCCAGGGAUGCCUUCCAGGCCCUGACUGAUUAACUACCCAGGGAUGCCUUCCAGGCCCUGACUGAUUAACUACCCAGGGAUGCCUUCCAGGCCCUGACUGAUUAACUACCCAGGGAUGCCUGCCAGGCCCUGACUGAUUGAUGGUGACAGCUCGACUCUUAACGAGGAGGGGCGGGGGCAUCUGCCAAACAAACAUACUCAAUCAGGUAUAAAAGCCUCAGCGAGCCCUGACCAAGUCCUGUAGAUAUGAUUGUGUAGUAUAAUGGCAUCAUCAUCAGCAAGGUGUGUAGUUGUGUUGCUGGCUGUGUUUGUGCACUGCAGUAGUGCAAAUACUUGGAGAAUGCUACUACAGAAGCACCAGGCUCCAGUUGUUCAGCAGGCCCAGAAGGUGAGGCAGCAACCUCCAACCAGGCCAGUAACAUAUGACCAGCAGGCCAAGAAGCUGAAAAACCUACCCCAGUGGCCACCUCAGUGGGUUACCCAGGGACCUGAUGCCACAACUCCUAUUGAGAAAUGCCAAGUGAAAGCGGAAGAGCGACUUACUUGUGGUGUCCCUGAUCUUACUCUUGCUCAAUGUGAGGCAAUCAACUGCUGCUUUGAUGAGUGGCGGUGCUACUAUGGGAAAGCAGUGACUGUACAGUGCACCAGAGAUGGUCAGUUUGUUGUUGUGGUGGCCAGGGAUGCCACUCUGCCCAACCUGGACCUUGAUACCAUCAGUCUGCUUGGACCGCAAGAUGCACUCUGUAAGCCUGUUGGCACCACUAAAGCCUUUGCCAUAUACCAGUUCCCUGUCACAGCCUGUGGCACCACUCUCAUGGAGGAAAGUGGCUAUGUGGUCUAUGAGAACAAGAUGAUAUCUUCCUAUGAAGUGGAGCUUGGACCUCGAGGCUCAAUCACUAGAGACAGCCACUUUGAGCUGCAGUUCCAGUGUAAGUACUCUGACACUGCGGUGGAGUUUUUGGUGGUUGAGGUGAAUGCUCUUCCUCCCCCUGCUCCGGUCACUGCUACUGGACUUGUCCGAGUAGAGCUCCGACUGGCCAGCGGACAAUGUUACAAUAAGGGAUGUGUGGAAGAAGUGGAAGCCUACAGGUCCUACUACAGUGAGGCAGACUACCCAGUUGCCAAGCUCCUGAAGGAUCCAGUGUAUGCAGAGGUUCACAUCUUGGGGAGGACCGACUCUAACCUGGUCCUGAAUCUGGACUACUGCUGGGCCACCUCCACCCCCAGCCCCCUCAGCUUGCCCAAGUGGGACCUCCUGGUUGAUGGGUGUCCGUACCAGGAUGACCGUUACCUGACCAAUGUAAUCCCCGUGGAUGGCUCCUCUGGCCUUGAGUUCCUGACCCACUACAAACGCUUCACGGUCAAGAUGUUCACCUUUGUGGAUGCAGACACUUUGGCCCCUUUGAAGGACAGGGUUUUCAUCCACUGUAGUACAGAGGUGUGCCACCCUACUAGGACCCACUCCUGUCAACAGAGCUGCAACAGGCAAAGGAGAGAUGUGGCUGCAGUGAAUUCUGUGGCUGGCGAGACCGUGGUGUCCAGUGGGGAGCUCAUUCUGACCUGACCAUAACUACCUUCCACCUGUCAGGCCUGAAGAAAUACUUCUGAUCUACUUCAGCUUGGGAUGAAGGCCUCACUCUUUGACCUUGUAGCAUACACACAAUACAUAUUGUGACUUGUAAUCCUUUGGCUUGUUUAAUACAAUGCUUGACUUUGAAAUAUCUGAGUUAUGACUUAACUAGAGAAUUCUUUCUACAUUUUGAGUGGAGGCUUGUUGCUCUAAAAUCUAGUUCUGGCAUCCUUUCAAUAACCUUGGCUGUCUGCUUUCACCAGAUAUCUUGACAUCUACAUGCCACUAGCAUUUCAUAUAAGGGUAAUUUGUCAAUGCCUUCACUAAUUCAGGAAUAAUUUCUAAGCUAAUGCAAGAAAUGGAAACAAUUUCUGUAACCACUGACCUACAGUAUGUGGAGGGUAGCUUCACAUGUGCUGUGUCCUGGCAUCGGCUGAGACCAAGCAAAGGGAACGCUCUACGAGCGGACUAUAUUUGAAUAAGUGACAUGUCUAACAGGGUGAUUCAGUAUAGCAGAGGUGGCUUGAGGGCAAGAUCCUGCAGAUUAUAAUAUUAGGGGUCAUGUGGAGAGGGAUGUCUAUGGAGAGCCUACUGUACCUGCCCUAGCAUCUGGCUUUCACAUAUGUACCCUCCCACUGCAUUUGACCACACUACCUAAUCUCACAUGACUGCACCUACACAGGUCAUCCUUUCAUCACCUAUUGCCUGGUGUCUUAAUGUUGACGUGUUCUAUGCAACCUGUGUACAGUUCAUUUGGUCAGUGCAGUCCCUUUCAGUAUGUAGAGCAUUAUUGCAUGGAACUCCCAACUCAAAUGAACAGCAACCCUGGUUUCAUAACCUCUCCCCUAUUUGACCGUGUACUCGUAUGUAGGCCACAUGUGCCUUUUAAAUUGAUCUGUCCUUGAGCUGUUUAAUGUUCUGUAAUGUGAGGACCCCAGGAACAGCUGCUGCUUUAGCAACAGCUAAUGGGGAUCCUAA